AUGGGGAUUCUUUCUUCUACCACAUUUUUUAUCACUACCAUCAUUCUACUUUCUUUUUCUGACUCUUCCAUAGCCCUCGACACCAUUUUCGGAACCCAAGCCAUCACUGACACUGAAAACAGCACCUUGGUUUCCAAAUAUGGAAAAUUUGAACUGGGUUUCUUCAGUCCAGGUAGUUCCUCAAACAGGUAUGUGGGAAUCUGGUACAAGGAUAUUCCAUGUAAAACUGUUGUUUGGGUGGCUAACCGUCAGAACCCAAUCAUCGACUCUUCUGGGAUUUUGAUGAUUAACAGAACAGGACAUCUUGUCCUUCUCGGAAAGAGGAGUAUUGUUGUUUGGUCAGCAAGGCCAACUAAAUCUCUCCAGGCUCCGAUAUUACAGCUUUUUGAUACUGGAAAUCUAGUAUUGAUAGAUAAGAAAGAUGAUGAGAAUUCAGACAAUAAUUAUUUGUGGCAGAGUUUUGAUUAUCCUAGUGAUACCUUAUUACCAGGUAUGAAGUUUGGAUGGGACUUGAGAACUGGUAUUGGUCGGCAUAUAAUACCAUGGAAGAGCCCUGAUGACCCUGCUCCGGGAGACUUUGCUUGGGGGGUUACACUUUGUGAAUAUCCCGAGUCUCAAACGUGGAAAGGCUCCAAUAAGUACUAUCGGGAUGGACCCUGGAAUGGCCUUCGGUGCACUGGUACGCCUGAGUUAAAACCCAACCUUUUAUUCAGUUACGAAUAUGUUCACCAUAAAGAUGAAGUGUACUACAUGUUUCACCUAAAAAAUGAAUCUGUAAAGACAAGGUUAGUUGUAAACCAGACCAAUGGUUAUAUCCGGACACGCUAUGCUUGGAAUUCAGGGACUCAAAGUUGGGAUGGGUUCUCAUCAAUGCCAAAAGACGUUUGUGACGGGUAUGGCCUGUGUGGUGCCAAUGGAAACUGUGUCAUUUGGGAAGCCCCUGUUUGCCAAUGUUUGAAGGGUUUCACGCGAAAAGGAAACUUCUUGGACUGGUCUCAAGGAUGUGCACGGAAUAAACCUUUGGACUGCCUGGACAAACAUUUAUCCGGGUUUGUCAAAAUCAGUGGCUUGAAAUUGCCUGAUACUACACAUGCUUGGGCAAAUGCAAGUUUGAAUCUCAAGGAAUGCAAAGCCAAAUGCUUGAGCAAGUGUUCUUGUACGGCUUAUACAGAUUAUAAUAUCAGUGGAAAAAAAAGUGGGUGUGCCAUGUGGUUUGGAGACUCGAUUGAUAUAAGAGAGUUUCAAGCUGGUGGGCAAGAUCUGUAUGUUCGAUUACACGCUUCAGACUUAGGUGGAGAUGGUGAGCGGAUGGUGAAAAUUGGUGUGGUAAUUGUGGCCGUCUUUGUUGUGGCUUGUGGGCUGGUCUUGCUUGCUUGUUACAUCCGCCAAGUCAGGACUAGGAAAUGCCUAAAAGCGACCAUUGAAAUGAUAGAGAAUUUGAACAAUGAAAGCCAAGCAGAAAACUUGGAUGUGAUCUUCUUCGACCUUGAUAAGAUUGUUAAGGCCACUUGCAACUUCUCAAGCGAUAAUAAGCUUGGGGAAGGCGGCUUUGGACCGGUUUACAAGGGUACACUAGAAGAUGGGCGAGAAAUUGCUGUGAAAAGGCUUUCAAAGAGUUCAUUACAAGGAGUGAACGAAUUCAAAAAUGAAGUUGCUUUGAUUGCCAAACUUCAGCACAGAAAUCUAGUAAAGCUUCUUGGUUGUUGCUUAAAAGGGGAAGAAAAAAUGCUGGUUUACGAAUACAUGCCCAAUAGUAGCCUGAACUCCUUCAUUUUUGACAAAACAAAAAGUAAACUUUUAGACUGGUCCAAGCGCUUUCACAUAAUUGGUGGAAUUGCAAGAGGGCUCCUAUAUCUCCAUCAAGAUUCAAGAUUACGAAUUAUACAUAGAGAUCUCAAAACCAGUAACAUUUUACUUGAUAUUGAAAUGAAUCCAAAAAUUUCAGAUUUUGGUAUGGCUAGAGCUUUUGGUGGGAAUCAAAGCGAAGGGAAUACAAAUAGAGUUGUUGGAACAUAUGGUUACAUGGCACCUGAGUAUGCUAUAGAUGGGCUAUUCUCAGUGAAGUCAGAUGUCUUUAGCUAUGGAAUUUUGUUGUUGGAGAUUAUAUGUGGAAAGAGAAAUAGAGGGCUCUAUUAUCCAAACCACACAUGUAACCUUGUUGUACAUGCAUGGAGAUUGUGGAAAGAAGGAAGAUCUUUGGAACUUAUUGAUCCAUGGCUCAAGGACUCAAGCGAUCUUUCUGAAGUGCUUCGCAGCACUCACAUUGGUCUCUUAUGUGUGCAAGAGCACCCUGAGGAUAGGCCAAACAUGUCUUACAUGGUUUUGAUGUUAGGCAGUGAAAGCACCUUGCCUCAACCAAAACAACCUGCUUAUUCAUUCAGUAAAGACAUUAUUGUAGCAGAUUCUCCAUCAAGCAAGCAGGAAUCCUUUUCCACCAAUGAAAUUACUAUAACUACUUUAGCACCUCGAUUGAAAUUUGUGAUCACAGUUCUAAUGUUGUCACUUUUAACAUUUCAAUGUGUGAGAUCAAAACUUGUCCUUUGA